UUCAGUAUUUAGCAGCAAAAAGUUCUAAAAAUAAAAGAAAAUAAACUUUUUCUGCAUUUCUCAUCCAUUUUCCAUCUAAAUGGACGAAGGACUAAAUGCAGCAGACCUUCACGAGCAUGUUUUGGAAUAUAUUUUCUCCUACUUGAGUUUGCACGACCUCAAAAACUGCUCAAUUGUUUGUCAACGAUGGAGUAGCAUAAUCAAUCACAAUGAAAAUAAUGAUAUUUGGAGAUUACAUGCAAUAAGAAAACUCCCCGACGAAGCCAUCAAAAGCGAUUUACUGUCCUCCACACCCACAUACAAAGCAAAAUUGCGAGCCUUUUAUCACGCUUGGAACCCAAAUGACUGUAGUAAAAAUAUUUAUAUCAAAGCUAAUCAAUUCACGCUGCAUAGAAAUCCAGUAGCACAAAGUACGGAUGGCUCUCGUGGCAAAAUCGGAUUUAGUCAUGGGCGACAUGCAUGGGAGGUAAUUUGGGAAGGUCCACUCGGUACUGUUGCUGUUGUCGGCAUUUCAACGCGUGAAGCUGCCUUGCAAUGUCACGGAUACGUGGCUCUCCUCGGAUCUGACGAAAAUUCAUGGGGUUGGAACAUUGUCGAUAAUCAUCUGUUACACAAUGGCGACUCGCAAGGCAACUAUCCGCUACUAAACAAUCCGCCAAAGUAUCAAGUUGGCGAACGAAUACGAGUGAUUUUAGAUUGUGACGACAAUACGCUGUCGUUCGAGAAGAAUUACGAGUUUUUAGGAGUGGCUUUUAAAGGACUGCCAGACAAGAAAUUAUAUCCAACAGUCAGUGCUGUUUAUGGCAACACGGAAGUUAGUAUGGUUUAUCUCGGUCCUCCGCUAGACGGGUAACGAUGUACAGACAAAAAUUGACUUUCACGAAGACUUAAAAAAAAAGUAAAACUGCAAAAAGAUGAACUACUGGAACGAUUACCCUCCACACAGAUGAGUAAAAAGUAGUUUUUGAUACAAAUGGUGUCCAAAUUUUAUAUUCAUUAUACGAGAAAACUGUUUGUCAUCUAAGCCGUCGUCGCCCUUAGCUCUAUUUCUAGAUUCUAAAAAAAAAUAACUUUUUAGCUUAAUUUUCUUAACGUAUUAAUUUUACGUAUUCUGUAGGUAUGAUAUUAUUUUGCAUUUAUAGAUUUUAUUGGUCAAGGGAUUCGUUGUGCAUUCCAACAUGAAUUAAUAUUUUUUUUAUUUUAAUUUUAAAAAGACGUUGCUUGAG